CUUGCUGUUCCUCUCCCUUUCUCUCGCAGCAUCUUCCUGGGAGCCUGUAGGUGAAGCAGCACCAGCUGCAUCCAUGGCCUAUCUUUGGGGUUAACACUUAUCUUCUUUGGCUUCAGCAGCAACGGAGAGAGCAGAUCUGCCGGCAGCAGCUGCAGCAGUGUUGUGAGGAUUUAGCUGGGACCUGGAAUCGUAUCCUCCUGUGUAUUUUCAGACUCCUUGGAAAUUAAGGAAUGCAAUUCUGCCACCAUGAUGGAAGGAUUGAAAAAACGUACAAGGAAGGCCUUUGGAAUACGGAAGAAAGAAAAGGACACUGAUUCUACAGGCUCACCCGAUAGAGAUGGAAUUCAGCCCAGCCCACAUGAACCACCCUACAAUAACAAAGCAGAGUGUGCGCGUGAAGGAGGAAAAAAAGUUUCGAAGAAAAGCAAUGGGGCACCAAAUGGAUUUUAUGCAGAAAUUGAUUGGGAGAGAUACAACUCACCCGAGCUGGAUGAAGAAGGCUACAGCAUCAGACCCGAGGAACCUGGCUCUACCAAAGGAAAGCACUUUUAUUCUUCAAGUGAAUCAGAAGAAGAAGAAGAAUCGCACAAGAAAUUUAAUAUCAAGAUUAAGCCAUUGCAAUCUAAAGACAUUCUUAAGAAUGCUGCAACUGUAGAUGAACUGAAGGCAUCGAUAGGCAACAUUGCACUUUCCCCAUCACCAGUGAGGAAAAGUCCGAGGCGCAGCCCGGGUGCAAUUAAAAGGAACUUAUCCAGUGAAGAAGUGGCCAGACCCAGGCGUUCCACACCAACUCCAGAACUUAUAAGCAAAAAACCUCCAGAUGACACCAUGGCCUUAGCUCCCCUCUUUGGCCCACCAUUAGAAUCAGCUUUUGAUGAACAGAAGACAGAAGUUCUUUUAGAUCAGCCUGAGAUAUGGGGUUCAGGCCAACCAGUUAAUCCAAGCAUCGAGUCGCCAAAGUUAACAAGGCCUUUUCCCACUGGAACACCUCCACCACUGCCUCCAAAAAAUGUACCAGCCACCCCACCUCGAACAGGCUCCCCGCUCACAGUUGCACCAGGAAAUGACCAGUCAGCCACAGAGGUCAAAAUUGAAAAACUACCAUCAAUCAAUGACUUGGACAGCAUUUUUGGCCCAGUGUUGUCCCCCAAGUCUGUUGCUGUUAAUACUGAAGAAAAGUGGGUCCAUUUUUCUGAUACAUCCCCGGAACAUGUUACUCCAGAGUUGACUCCAAGGGAAAAGGUGGUGUCCCCACCAGCUGCAUCAGAAAAUUCAGACGACUCCCCAGCUCUGGGCCCUUCGAGCCCCCCAGGCCCUCCAGGGACCCCUGGUCCUCGAAAUGUGCCAUCGCCACUCAAUUUAGAAGAAGUCCAGAAGAAAGUCGCUGAGCAGAGCUUCAUUAAAGAUGAUUACUUAGAAACAAUCUCAUCUCCUAAAGAUUUUGGGUUGGGACAGAGAGCAACUCCGCCUCCCCCACCACCACCCACCUACAGAACUGUGGUUUCGUCCCCCGGACCUGGCUCGGGCAGUGGUACGGGGACCACCAGUGGUGCAUCGUCCCCUGCACGGCCAGCCACUCCCUUGGUUCCUUGCAGCAGCACCACCCCACCUCCACCUCCACCCCGGCCUCCAUCUCGGCCAAAGCUACCUCCAGGAAAACCUGGAGUUGGAGAUGUGCCCAGACCUUUUAGCCCUCCCAUACAUUCUUCCAGCCCUCCUCCGAUAGCACCCCUAGCCCGGGCUGAAAGCACUUCUUCAAUAUCGUCCACCAAUUCCUUGAGUGCAGCCACCACUCCCACAGUUGAGAAUGAACAGCCUUCCCUCGUUUGGUUUGACAGAGGAAAGUUUUAUUUGACUUUUGAAGGUUCCUCCAGGGGACCCAGCCCCCUAACCAUGGGGGCCCAGGACACCCUCCCUGUCGCAGCAGCAUUUACAGAAACAGUCAACGCCUACUUCAAAGGAGCAGAUCCAAGCAAAUGUAUCGUGAAGAUCACUGGAGAAAUGGUGUUAUCCUUCCCUGCCGGCAUCACCAGACACUUUGCCAACAACCCAUCGCCAGCUGCCCUGACUUUUCGGGUGAUAAAUUUCAGCAGGUUAGAACACGUCCUGCCAAAUCCUCAACUUCUCUGCUGCGAUAAUACCCAAAAUGAUGCCAAUACCAAGGAAUUCUGGGUAAACAUGCCAAAUUUGAUGACUCAUCUAAAGAAAGUAUCUGAACAAAAACCCCAGGCUACAUAUUAUAAUGUGGACAUGCUUAAAUAUCAGGUGUCUGCCCAGGGCCUUCAGUCCACACCUCUGAACCUGGCAGUGAACUGGCGGUGUGAGCCCACUAGCACUGACCUGCGCAUCGACUACAAAUACAAUACAGAUGCCAUGACAACCGCUGUGGCCCUCAACAAUGUGCAGUUCCUGGUCCCCAUAGAUGGAGGAGUAACCAAGCUCCAGGCUGUGCUUCCCCCAGCAGUUUGGAAUGCUGAACAACAAAGAAUAUUGUGGAAAAUUCCUGAUAUUUCUCAGAAGUCAGAAAAUGGAGGUGUGGGUUCUUUAUUGGCAAGAUUUCAGUUAUCUGAAGGCCCAAGCAAACCUUCUCCACUGGUUGUGCAGUUUACAAGUGAAGGAAGCACCCUUUCUGGCUGUGACAUUGAACUUGUUGGAGCAGGCUAUCGAUUUUCACUCAUCAAAAAAAGGUUUGCUGCAGGGAAAUACUUGGCAGAUAACUAAUAAAAUAUUAUGCAAGGAUUUGGAGGAUUCAUAUAAUGGAGAACUGUUGUAUGAGAAACAGGUUUCAGUUUUGAUUUGAUGAAAACAAGUCAAAAUCUGCACUUGGGAUAAAUCUGCUGGAAAUGUCCGUAACUUUUCAGCAGUGAUUUCCCUCACACAAUACUAUGAUGACCAGUCCUACAGUAUUUACUUCUAGGUGUAAUAUUGUUAUGGUUUUAAAAUGUAAUUAUUGUAUUUGUAAAUUGUACUCAUUCCAGUAAGGCAGUUAGACACUUGAGUUUUAGCAUUUUAACAUUCCUGAAAUGGAUGUAAUUUCAACUGUGGUAUGUAAAUUUAAUAGUAAUACUGUUGAAUGGCACAGUGCUUACAGAGGUAGAUUGAAUUUUGUCAAUAUAUAAAAUUUAAAUAUAAUAUUGAUAGCUAUCACAAAGGGGGUGCCACAUACAAAGAAAAUUAAGUGGAACCAGAAAAAACUUUCUUUUCUUCAGUUCUUAGUAUAUUUUAUUCUAGUGCUAAAUAAAAAUUCUAUCUUCAAAUGUUUAGUGGGUUAAAUUCAGAAACUUUCAGAAAAAAAUUCUAAGGUUACAACAUAUUCAAAGAAAAGCAUUAAUUACCACUUUUUAAAAAGCUUUUUUUUCAAACUGCAAAUUUCAUAAAAAUGCAAACUGUGUAAACAGGGCCUCUUAUUUUUAUAACUUGUGUAAAAAGGGAAAGCAAUUCAUAUUUAAAGUUUAAGUAUAUGAAAUUAUAAUCAAGAAUAAAGAUGAUGUUGUGUUAACUAUUUCCCCCUCUCUCUACAGUUUAACAAAUGUAGAGAAUGUUGAAUAAUCCGGUUACACUAAAACCAAAAUUAUGAUUUUAAAACUUAAGACUUUCCAUAGCUGAACUUGCUCACAACUUUUGCACACUUAACUCUAAACAGGGAGUUUCUCCAUCUGGCUUGGAAAACGGCUCCACGUAUCUUCCUCUUUACCCACAGGAAUCAAAGUGUUGAGGCUAAACAUCUCAGAAAAACAACUUUAGUCCCGUUUAAAUCCAGAAGAAGAAUUUAAAUCAAAAUCAUUUACAGUAUUUGGAAAGGAGAGAAAUAAGCUUUAUAAAUUCAAUUCUCUCCACAUAAUUGUGUAAUAAAUUCCUUUUAGAUAAGAUUCAUUGUAUGAAAUGAUAAAUCUUUGCCAUUCGGGGGGAAUCAAAAAGAGAGUUAUCAAAAGUGUUAUAAUUUUAUUAUUGCAAAAUAUAAUAAAAACUUCAGUUACUCUGGCCUCACAACAUGGGAAUUCAGAAUAGAGAGGGGACCCCAGUUGUAAAACCUUCCUCCAUUAGGGUCUGAAAACAUGAGUCUUCCUUCAAGUCACGGAAUUUAUUUUAAACAUAAGCAAAUUUGUAUUCUAGGUUAUAAUGUUAAAUAACUGUAAUUAUAAGUUGUUCUAUUUAUCUUUAGUUGCUAAAUUUUACUUUAUAUUUACUUAUAUUUGACAAAGAAUCUUUAGUCCCUUUAAAUUUUAGAUUCUUACUUUUAAAAUGAGAUUGUGACUGGCAGUUGUUUAUAGUGGAAUUUUUCAAAUUAGUGUUUGUGCUUCUCAGUCAGUGCUUGCUGCCCAGAGAAUGUUUGUAAUGAUUCUCACACUAGAAGAAUACUCUCAGUUGGCUCCUCAAGUCUUGUGUUGAAGGUUUUUAAACAAAUAAUUAAUAUACUCAUUUUAAGUGAAGAUAUUCUAUUUGAUUUUGAAACCAAAAUAGAAAAUACAAACUUUUAAAUCACAUGAAACAUUGGUUUUCAAACACUAAAACCAAUAGAAAGUAAGCAGCAAAAAAUUGAAAAUUAUCAAGCACAUAAAUAUAAAAAUGUGUUUUUAAGUAAUCAGUUCAUUAAAAAAUAUUGAAAAUUAACAAAACAUAUUAAAAAUGUGUAAAUA